CUCUGUUUUCCCAGGACGGUCGACAAGGCAGCGCAGCGAGAGCGUGACGCCGCCAACGUCCGCGCGCGUGAACGGGACGGGGCGAAACCAGCGCCGAAACGGCAAAUAGAAACCACGCUUGACUUUAUAUUCAGAGCACCCAUUAAAUUAAGCAAACCAGGGGAACUCCGAGAGGAAUAUGAAAGCCAACUAAGGAAGCUGAGAGAAGAAAAACUACAAGAAGAAAAAACUUCCGAGGAUCUGAUUCACAAGCUAAUUCUAGAUGACAUGGAAGGAGGAAAAAGAAAAAUGGAAGAACAGCAGAAAAAAGAUGACUCUCUAGUGCUGAAAGUGAACCAAGAGUGUUUUCCUGAACGUCUCUCGGAUUCAGAGAACGAAGAACCAUUCCAGGGCAAACAAACGCAUCGGUCAGCUUUUGUUUCCAAGACCAGUGCCUACUCCUUUGCUUUCCUUUCAGGGAACCUAACCUCCAAGGUGGAAAGGAGUCGGAGUUGCAAUGACACCAUUCAGGAGAGAUCAAAGAGCAGGCAGCGGUCAGCCCCAGCCAGCAAAACAAAGGUUCCACCUUUGACCAGCGCGUCGACACCUUUGGUUGGAGUUUUGUCAUCUACCCAAAACAAUCGCUGCCUCUCCGCCCCAGAUCUGACAGCAGAGAAGCGCCUCGUUCUCAACCCCGUUUCAUCCUUCUCCACCCUGCACAAGCCAGAGCGAUCCAUCAGCCCCGAGAGCAAUGACAGCAUCUCAGAAGAGCUCAAUCACUUUAAGCCAAUUGUCUGCUCCCCGUGUACUCCUCCAAAGAGGCUUCCUGAUGGCAGAGUCCUGAGUCCUCUCAUUAUAAAGUCCACUCCGAGAAACCUCAACCGAAGCCUGCAGAAGCCAACCACCUAUGAAGCCAGUCCUAGAAUACUGAAAAAAUGGGAGCAAAUAUUUCAGGAGCGCCAGAUCAAAAAGACCCUCUCUAAAGCAACUCUUACAUCCUUGGCUUCAGAGCCUGGGGAAGAUGUUAUAGUUCCUGACAUCACCAACUCCAGUAGUUGCAAUAAAGAGCAACUACAAAUACAGGAUGAUCACAUUCCACCUGACACAACAGGAGACCCUCGCCCAGAGCUAGAUUUCUUUCCUUCUAUCAGUGAAAUGAAGUCAGGAAGAGGGAGUGACAGAGUAUAAAAAGCCGUAACCACAGACUAUAGCUCUGCUUAACCAGAUGCAAGAUCAAAUGGAACCUCCCUAAACACACGAGUGUCAGAAGUUCCUGACAUAAAAGUGAAUGCGUACAUGGACAAAUCCUGUCUUAGCAUUGGCCCAAAAAUGCUGAGCAGAAGAAUAAUUGGAGUCAAUGCGUCACUGCCUGACAACAGCACGCUAGGAGUUCCGGUCAAGACAUCGGGAAAAAAGCAGCUGAAAUACCUGAACAACAGCGAAUUGAUCAACGUACAGAACAGUACCUGCAAUUCUGUUGAAAACAUCAUUGGCGAACAGCCCCCUUCGCUGAGACGGGGACGAAAGAGACGCUGCAAAACAAAGCACUUGGAACACAAUGGUUCUGUCAAAAGACUGAGGCACGCGGAUUUUUUUAAAUUCCAAUAGACAAAUAUGUACUUUCCUAGGUGCAUAAAAUACAUUCUCAUUCUAUGGAGGCUGGCCUUACAUCUGCAGCGAAUUUUUGACAGUGAGAAUAGGACAGUGGAUAGGCGGAAAGUUAGAGUAGAUCGGUAUCUCCUGCGCUCAAAGAGCACUCUGGGUGCUAAGUAGCACUGAUGGACAAUGUUGCCUUUCUAGAGGACAAUGAGGUUUAUCAGAUUAUCUUAUAGGAAAACUAUUUUUUGUCAUACUUCCACCCACACAAUUGUUUUUCUUUUUGGUGGUAAGACAUUUGUAGGUCCAGUUCAGAGAGAAGCCAGAGUCCUUUCAGAGUUCAAAAAAAAGAAAAAGAGAAAAAAAAUCCCCCAACCUCUCUGGUCCAUCGGUCCGAAAGAAGUGUCAGUCCUCACCGUGAAUACACUGCAAUGCAUGUAAACGCAGUUGAUGACAUUUGGGUUCCCCUAGCUAAGGGUGUGGUAUUAGCAGUAUAUGAAGUACUGGGUAGGGACCUCAUCUGUUCGUUGUUUUGCCAUUUGCGAUAUGCCAAGAGAAAUCAGAGCUCUACUGAUGGAGAGCAAGCUAGGCUGUUUCUAUUCGAGAAACUGUUCUCCCCUCUGUCUGUCUCAUUAUCUCCCUUAUGCUGCAGCUAGCUGUGGUGGUUGGCCUGUUACUUAUGUCAGAGAGAAUGAGCUGACUUGGCCUAAACUUAUAACAACGGGACUGUUUGGGAAGGAGGCUAUGAUUCGUAUUUCUGCUAGGAAGUACCACAUAUAUCCUCCAGGUACCUGUACCUGAAUGUAUCUCACUGUCUGUACCAGCGGUACAGAUCGAAGGUUGCUUUAUGUAGAUGGCCAAAUGCAGUGAGGGAAGCUGUAAAAUCAGGAUUUUACUGAAAAGCCUUAUGACAACUUGUACAUUUACGUUAAUAAUAGAGUGGAAAGCUUGGGCUGAACAGCUGGAAGCCAUUCUCUCGGGCUCUGAGACACGUGGAACAAAUGCAGCUUUCUCUAUAACUUCUCCUAGAUAUAGAGGAAGUUGUCCGUACUGACACGUAUCCUGCAGGCUCCCACUAGUUGAGAUAGCUGAGAGCUCUCGACACAGGUAAAGCUUGUCCUUACGUGUUCGACGGUGGCACUAACAGGCAUCCUGAGUUAUUUGACGCAUCAUCGUCCUUUCCCAGGCACUUUGUGAGUUUGCGGUAGAGUUGGGAUGAGAGCCCAGCCCUCCCGGCCUGUGGGUACACGUACACAAGAUGCAAGCCUGCCCGGUCCGUGCUCCGAGUUAGCCAUCUGCAGGCAGGAAUUCAUACUGCUAAGAAAGCUCAGGUGAGCACUGCGCUAAGAAUUUCCACUUAAGGGCAGAACGUGUUAGGUCAGGCACAGCGUUUGCCAGCCACCCGGCGUCCGGGUUGGUGUCCAGCCAGCUCGGAGCCUGGGCAGGGAGAGCCGGAUCUGCCGGAGUUGAGGUUCCUGACUUGGUGGAGCGCGCGUUGUCUCCCAGACGUGGCCGGCAGCGCGGGCUGUGCCACCACGUGUCAGAAUCCCUCGGGCCUCUUCGUGUCUCGACCGUGACACGGCUCUUACCUAAAUAACGCUAAUGUUCCAGCUAGCCUGACGGUUUGAGCUGAGUAAUUGUCCGCUUACAUCACGACAGAGUAUGGUGAUUGUUCUUCCUCGGACCAAUUUCAGGGAAUAAGGGAACAGGAGAAUUAAAUGCCCAAUCCCAUAACCAGUAUUCCUUCAGAGAGGACGUUUAUUCUUUUCUCUUUCUACCUGAUACCUCUCUCCACCAUCCAUUAGCAGUGAAAGAAUUUCCUUGAUUAUUAUCAGUCAUUAAGCUCAAAAAAACACAGCUCAGCUUCAUACUCGACUGCUGCCUUGCGGUGUAUUCACUGGGGAUCCUCGGCGUCCGCGGGGACCUUCUUCCGGGGCUCUCUGCGCUGUUGCUGUCGUGCUGACCCAUGCACCAGAGGACAAGUGGUAUUUUCAAGACCUACCCGAAGCACGCUGCUGUGCAGCCGGUUAAACUUGCCGCUGGCCCAUGGCACGAAGGGAAAGUCGGCUAUCACGUUACACACAUGGGACGGAUCCAAGAGAAUUGUCAGUGCCCCCAUUUCCUCCUGGAUGCUUCUGUUGGGGAAAAAACUUGGAAAAGGGCAGAAUUUCUCCCUCCAUCUUAAAUGGUAAAAAAAAUGGGAACCGGUUUUAUUUUUUCUCUUUUGGCAUACUUGUGUAACUGCAAGGACCCUGGAGCUUUUUACCGAUUGAACUGGAUUGUUUUUUUAAAAGAAAUCUUAUAUUUUAAUGGAUAAAAUUUAUAUAUUUUAAAUACUAUAUUUCAACAGAUUGACACUUUCGUUGUGAGAAAUCUUAUAGCAAUGAUUCCGUAAUAUAUAUAUAUCUCCUUAACACAUCAACUACUGGAUGUUUAAAAUCGUACCCCAUGCCAGGUUUCCACCCUCGGCUAGACCUGGCCUGCUCGGCCUACCUGUUGGGGCUCGUGGGUGAUGUCUUGCUGUACCCUCCUCGGAGGUGGAGCUCUGCCCUCUUACGCACUGCAGCCUCGUUAGGUGCAGCCUCGUUAAUUGCUGAUUGAAGCCGGCGCAAUUCUUUUGCCUCAAACCGAAUUGUGCUCACGUACACCAGCGCCGAAUUGGAAGGAAACUGAGUGAUUGUAGCCUUGAUCGCACCCCAGAAGGGUGGCGCAGAGAUAAAUAGCAUCGGUUUGAAUUUGCCCUCUGCCACGGCUCUAAAGAAUAAGCUAAGGAUGGAAACGCACAGCUUUUACCCUGAGCUGCUGUGAUUUUUUUUUCCCCCCCUAAGUUUUGAACUAAAGCUUGCACUUUCCAAGUGCAUCUAGAUUUACUAUGAUUUUUACAGAUCCCCUUCUCCCUUGCCCUUGCCCAGGGUUAAUCCCUCGAGCCUGAAUGAGACUUCCCGAAACAGUUUCCUUCUUUCUCGCUGCGCUCGUGCUGGUUUCCUCCAGGCUUGGGCUGCCGGACGUUCUCUAAGCAAGUGUAUAAAACAAAAACUAGAUUUACGUGGGUUUUACAUGCUGAAUGUAUCCUUUUUCUCUCUCGUAGAAUAGAUUUUGGAGUCCAGCACGGCAGGCCAGUGUCGUCUUAAAGAUCUUUUCUUUGUUUUAAGAUUGCCUAAAUAUUUUAGUUUUGUGUGUGUUAAUUUCCUCUUUUUUAAAUCUGAGUCUCAGCGGAAGUGCAGGAGGCACUGCCUAAGCUGGAACUUGUCUCAAGCCAAAAAAGCCUAACAGAAAAGAGCCGCGCUGGCACGUCCGUUCCCCGCAGCAGCGCGUCCGUGCUGCUCGCGCUCCCCAGCUUUACGAACCUCGGCUUUGCUCAGCGGCCUGCUCCCGGCGAAGCAGAGCGCAAGCUUCCCAUCGGCUCCGCGGGCGCCGCUCAGGUCCCAGCAAAAGAGGGUGCGUGUCGUGUACAGUCUUGUUGCAUCAGUAUUUAAGGAGGCCUUUGGUUUUUGGGGAGGGUUGGGGGGUUUUUUUUGUUGUUUUGGGGUUUUUUAAUCAUAACGUGGAAUAGUUAUGGUGCUCUGAAGUCUGUCCCUUUUCGGUAAGACGUUACCGCUGACAUGCAGUAGCAGCUUUCAGUAAUGUAUCAGGGUUGGAUUGAUCUUUUCUCAAGAGGUUUGGAUGUCCACAGAUUACCGCGCGGGUUUUUAGCCCACUGCUUUUAGCCUUUGAAGAAAACUGCUGGCUGUAUUUCUGCGUUACCCGCCCCAUCUGGUCGCUUCUUCCAGACGGAGGAAAAACACAGGCAGCUGCCGUUUUCCUGCCGGCUAGCGUAGGCCAUCUCACCUUCUUCCCGAGCUAGCGAGAGUGGGACUGGGGCUAGGCUGAAAUCUGCUCAAGUCAGUAUGAGGCCAGGGGCUUGAGGUGAUUUUUAAGCUAUGAUGAAUAAUUUUAUUAAUUUUGUGUAAACUUACACAAAAAAUAAUUGUAUAUAAUUUCACGUAAAAGAGCAGAAGUUCCCAGCCUCUCGCAUUUAAAGGUCAGGUGUUACGCUUCCUUUGUCACAAAUAAUGUCAUCCGAGAAGUAAAAUACCUCUUGCUGAACAGUGGAUGCAGCACAGGAUCUGCAGAGGCCCUAAACCGAAAUCAAGUAUUUAUUUACGUAUAUUCGAAAAUAGUUCCUAAUCCUCCUCCUUUCUGCAGCCGUGUUGUCUCUGGGAUUAAAGCCGUCCCCGCAGAUUGUGGACAGUGCAGGCAUGUACACAUCCUUCCAAAAUGUGAAGCUGCCUCUCACCUUCAUGCCCUCUCGGGAGAAAAAAACAGGUCAAGAGAUUGCACUGCUUGUAGCACUUCCUGGUGACCAGAAGGGGUUGGGGGGGGGGAGGGGUUGUUUAAUAACAGAAUGACUGUAUCUGCCAAAGAUGCCAUCUGACUCCGAAAAGCAACUUUGACUCUCUGGAGCUUCCUACAUGGGAAAAGAUGUAUUAAGAUUCAUUUUUGGAGUCAGAACAGACAACAGUAAACAAAUGAAGGAAAAGUGCCAAAAGAAUGGAUCAUGCAAGAUGAUUGUAUCGUGGUGUUCUACAUUGUCAGUAUUUUUCUUCAAAUGAUAUUGUACAUGCAGUACACAGUAGUCAUGAAGUAUAGCUUGAACAAGCGCUUCUUUGUAUUUUAUCAAUGAAAGCAAGGGGGAGGUGAAGCCUUAAAGACUAUAACUGAUUUUACAAGCAGGCCUUUAGCAAUGCUUCGAGGAUAGCCCUGCAGGGCUUUCGGCUGGACGCUUCAAGAUCUCUUUGCCAUCUUGUAGUUAUUCCAUGAAAGGCUGACAAGGAGCUUGUCCUGGGUGCGGGGGAAGUGUUUCAUGCGACCCCGUCCCCUCUGAUCUGUAAGGGGGACGGGGAGCGACCGUUUCUUGUUCACCUUUUGGACGUGGACAUGAAGGUCUAGCAUGUCACUGUGAUAGAGCGCUGUGGGAUAUUUUGUAGAUCGCAGCUAGGUGCAAACUGUGAUGUGAUGCUGAUUUGAACUCUAGGUCAGAAGCUGGAAUGAUCUCUGUGUUGUAUGAAUUCGAUACAAACCUUUUUUCUCCCCCCUAUCUUUAAAACUCUGCAAAGCAUCAAACAGAUCUAGAAUUAGCUAUUCACUAUGCAAACAGAAAAAUCUUCAGCUGAUUACAAGGGGUUUUGUGUAUGCCUGGUUUUCUUGGUGUUUACUGUCGAACUGUUUAAAGCAAAUAUAGAUGUUGCUACACUUUUUCCAAUAUGCUUUAAAUCGUUGUGCUUUAGUGUGAUCCUCAACUUGCAAACACCAGUGUGGAAAAAGACUACGGUCAUUUUGGGUCUCAACUGAACCACUGUGGCUUCAUCCGAAUGUUUUAAAAGCGAUGGAAGUUACUGAAAGACUGUUUACUUGCAUGUGUAAAAUGUGUGGGUAAAAUGAAAUGCAGGCGUCUCUCAUAUUGUGGCUUCUGUUAUUUGGAACAGAGUAAAUUCUGCUUGUGCAAAAUUGUCACAAAACGGAAAUAUGCCAACUGUGUACAAAUAUCGUGUACAUGUUAACAGCAAUGACGACUUUAACCGCAGGACAAAGGCCGAGGUUAAAAUGGAAUAAAACCAGGUUCUUACAGUCGA